UCUGGAGGAAAAGUGAGACACGAUGAGGUCGGUUCUGCUGCUGCUUCUAUCAGCCCUCGCUGCUGCUUCAGCCUGGAUCCCAGUGGAGGACUGGGAAUCUGGCGAAGUGACUGCGUCAGUGGGUGAAGAGGGUCAGUGUGUGUGCCACGUGUAUCUGCCUGACACCACCUUUCCGGCCGACCGCAUGGAGCACAUGCACCAGGUCACCAAGGACCUGAUGCUGGAAGUGGACAUCCAAAUUAAAAAGAUGGUGAGCUACGACGCUAAACUGAAGGUUUACCUCAAAGAGCUGAAGGACCUGAGCAUCCGAGUGGUGAUGCUGGAGAGCAGCGCCGACAAGUACGUCAAGCUGGACUUUGAGCUGCUCAGGGUGGAGCUGCGGGAGUUCGAGGCGCUGGUGCUACAGCUCCGAGACUCCUUCAACUCGUCCUCGCCCGUGUUCGACAGCCUCUUCGCUGAGAUCCGCAACAUGAGCCUCAUCGUGGACCAACUGGAGACGUUCGACCAGAGCAACCUGCUGGUGAUCCGCAUCGAGUUCGCCAAGCUGCAGAAGAAGCUGGAGGACUGUCAGAAGGAGCAGGAGUUCGUCAAACCCGACAUCGGCAACUGCAACCACACUGGCAUCCUAAGCCUCAGCAAACCCAUGGUGCUGCAGAUCAACGCUCACCUGAACGCAGGGUACCAGUACGGAGGCUGGGGCAAGGACUCCAAACCAGUCCGAGGCUCUGAGUCCAUGUACUUCUAUGGAGCGUACACGGGCCCCGCAGUGCAUGACUUCUACCUGUACUCCGACUACGACAAGCUGAUCCUCAGGUCUGCGUCCAAACACCAUGACAUUCCCAGCGGGUGGGAGGGCACUGGGAACAACUACAUCGUCCACGGUAACAGCAUCUACUACCAGAUCAACUCCCCCUUCAGCAUGUCCAAGCUGAACCUCACCAGCUCCAAGUACGAGUACAGAGUGAUCCCCGCCGCCAGCCAAAGCUUCUCCUACAGCUACUCCCCAAACCAGAACCUGGACUUUGCGGCCGACGAGAACGGCCUGUGGGUCCUGUACGCAUCCGAGGAGAACCUGGGCAAGAUUGUCAUCGCUAAGAUCGACGAGAAGUCCUUUGGGAUCCAGGACGUGUGGAAGACGGGCGCCUACAAGCAGCUGGUGGGCAACGCCUUCAUGGCGUGCGGCGUGCUGUACGCCACCAGGUCCGUGGACCUCAACACGGAGGAGAUCUUCUACGCCUACGACACCAGGACCAAGGAGGAGCGGCACCUCAAAAUCCACUUCCAGAAGUUCCAGGAGAAGUACACCAACCUGGACUACAACCCCAGCGACCAGAAGCUCUACAUGUACAACAACGGCUACUACGUGAGCUACAGCGUGCGCUUCGACAGAGAGUAGCCGCCUCCAGCGCCGUAUUGUGAUUAAUACGACUCAUGUGUUCACUGAAUCUAUGCGAUGUCCAAACAUGUUACUGUGUUUCUCUGAAUAAAAUCAAAAUG